AUGCGAUGCGCUGUGUGGUAAGAUCUCAUCUCAUCCCUCUCGUCUCGUCUCGUCUCGUCUCUUGAUGACUUUCCCAAUAUGGACACCACUCACUACAUCUUCUCCCCAGUGACCGCGACGGACCGCGCAGGUCUCGCCUGGGUGGCCGCCAUCCUCAGCUUGAUGUUCACCAUCCUCACCCUGGCAACGCGAUUCCACAUCAAAGCGCAUACCUUAGGACACGACGAUUGGCUGGUGGCGGCAGCCACGGUAUUGGCACUGGGACAGUAUAUUGCCGUCUACGUUGGCUUGGACAAAGGAGUUGGACGGAGCAGUACGCUCCUCACACAGACCUAUGCAAGACAAUUGGGCCGCGCGGUGCUUGCGAGCGAGAUCCUUUUCGUCCUGUCAAUCAUGCUCAGCAAGCUGAGUGUCAUCUACUUCAUGAAGAGAUUGUUUACUCGGGAUCGCAGCCUCGCAUGGUGGGCUUGUCACGUCGGAAUUUUCCUUACCAUUCUCUGGGGUCUGGCUUCUGCCCUGGCCGUGAGCGUUGCAUGUGGCCCAUCACGAAUCCUGUACGGGCCUGAACGCUGCCCUGGAAAACUGCUACGUUGGGAACUGGUCAUCAGCUUCGAUGCUGCCCUUGAAGUGUCGUACGUCUUGCUUGCGAUGGCAAUGGUCUAUCCUUUGCAAAUGAAGAUGUGGAUCAAGUCUACAGUGGUUUUCGCAUUUGCCUUUCGUCUUGCCUGUGCUGUUCUAGCAGCUUUGCAUGGAACCUGGAUAGGGAAGUACGUCAGAUCUUCUGACCCUGGCCUUGCCAUCGCAGACGUCCUUGUCUGGCAGCAAGUCUGUUUGGGCUAUUCGUUGAUCGCGACCACGAUCCCCACAUUGAAAAACUUCGUUCGAGGCUACAACCACGCCAUGGGA